AUAAUAUACAUAUUCUUUGCCCCCAUAAAAGCCUAGCUUCCUCAUGUCAUAAAAUCUUAUAUUCUUCAUCUCUUUGAGCUUUGUUUCUUAAUCUCAAUUUCUCCCUUGAAAUGGUGAUGGAAGAUAGAGAUGAAGAGGAGGAGCAUUUGAAUCUCAGCCUGGCCAUUGUGACAGAUCCUAAUGGGGAAAACAGUAGAAAAAGGAAGAGAAAGUUACUUAAUAUUUGCAACCCUCUGAACCCAUCACAUGAAGGGUAUUUUGAAGGGAAGAUAUUUAAGCUUCUUCAAGUGAGGGAAGAGAUGUUAAAGCUUGACCACAAGAGAUCAAAAGGCUUGGCUGAAAACGGGAAAGGUCUUCACUUAAUCCAUUCCUUGCUCAUCAUUGCUACUUCAGUUGAUAAAAACAAUAUGAACUCAGCCUUGGAGAAUCUCAUCCAACUCUAUCCAACCGUGACAUUAAUGGGAGACUCGGUUCAACGAGUUGUUGCUCACUUUGCUGAUGGUUUAUUUGCUAGGAUUUUAACCCCAAAAUCCCCUUUUUACGACAUGGUCAUGAAGGAACCUACUACUGAACAACAGUUUCUAGCUUUCACCAGUCUUUAUAGGGUCUCCCCUUAUUACCAAUUCGCUCAUUUCACUGCUAACCAAGCCAUCAUCGAAGCUUUUGAGAAAGACCAAGAGACAAACAACAAUAGAGCCUUGCAUGUUAUUGAUUUUAACGUCUCUUAUGGCUUUCAAUGGCCUUCUCUCAUCCAAUCCCUUUCACAAAGUGGCAAAAGGGUAUCCCUUCGACUUACAGGCUAUGGCAGAAGCUUAGAAGAACUGCAAGAAACUGAGGCUCGAUUAGUGAGCUUCGCCAAAGGGUUUUGCAACCUGGUCUUUGAAUUCCAAGGCCUGUUGAGAUCAUCAUCCAAGCUGAUCAUCAACCAAAGGGAAAAGAAGAAUGAAACAGUUGCUGUGAAUUUAGUUUUUCAUUUGAGCAACUUUAUGGAAAUGUCCCAGACAUUAAAAUCAGUUCAUUCACUUAAACCUUCCAUUGUUAUCCUAGUGGAGCAAGAAGGUAAUCCAAGAGUAAGAAAUUUCUUAUCCAGAUUCAUGGAAUCUUUGCAUUACUUUGCUGCCAUGUUUGAUUCGUUGGAUGAUUGCCUCCCACAAGAGAGCACUGAGAGGCUAAGUAUUGAGAGAAACCAUCUGGGGAAAGAGAUCAAAGCCAUGAUUAACAGUGAGAACUUAGAUGAAGAAAAUAAAGGAACAUGGAAAAACAUGAUGGAAAGGCAUGGAUUUGGAGGGAUGAAACUGAGCUCAAAGUGUUUGAUACAAGCAAAACUUUUGUUGAAAGUUAGGACCCAUAAUUACUGCCCCCUUCCAUGUGAAGGAGAGAAUACUAAUGGUGGGUUUAGAGUAUUUCAAAGGGAUGAAGGGAAGGCUCUUUCAUUAGGGUGGCAAGAUAGGUGCUUGCUAACAGCUUCUGCAUGGCAAUGUGUAUGAUACACCAAGUUCACUUUUCUUUUUUCUUUUUUUGUUUCAUUUCUAACACAUUUAUCUAAUUGUUUAUAACCUCUGGUUGAGUUUUA